AUGAGCCAACUGGCAACUAACAAUGACCCUUAUAGCGACUACUACGAGGAGUAUGCGGCUAAGUUUACCAAGUUCAUGACAUUCAACCCCACCACCUACCACACUAUCAUCCAUUUUAAAUCAGUGUUGGAAAAUAACAAUUUCCAAUAUCUCCCCCAAUCGAAACCAAUAGAACAACUAAGUCCAGGAUUCUACUACACCAGUCGAUCUGAUCAAUGCUUGGUUGCAUUUGUUAGAGGUGCAAAGUGGAAGCCACUGAAAGGUACAUGUUUUGUGGGCAGCCACUGUGAUGCGUUGAGUAUUAAAUUAAAUCCGAGGGGACUGUUUAGGGAAAAGAUACACGGGUAUGAGUUGCUUGGUGUUGCACAAUAUUCGGGCAGCCUAAACAAAAACUGGCUCAACAGGGACUUAGGUUUAGCAGGCGCAGUCUUGGUACGUGACUCAAAGACUGGCAAGAUAUCCCGAAAGUUGAUCAACUCUUAUCCCACUCCAAUUGCCUUCAUCCCUGCAUCGGAAUAUCUUGGUGAAGAUGAGCUGUAUAACAGGCAAACACAAAUGGUGCCGGUUUGCUCUUAUUCUAGUGAAGAUUUGGUGCCUACAGAGGAGGAAAAGCAGUCCAAAUUUUACAAACAGCAUUCGUUGAGUUUGCUUAGAUAUGUAUCGAAGUUAUCAGAAACCCCCAUAUCUUCCAUUGUGGACUUUGAUUUAGACUUGGUUGACGUUCAGCAAAGCGCUAGAGGCGGCCUCGAGAGUGAAUUUAUAUACCUGGCGAGUUUGGAUGACAGACUAUGUGCAUUUGAUUCUGUGUAUGGAUUGGUUGAGUUUAGCCAACAGAUUGUUGACAUUGAUAAUUAUGACAGUCUUGUUGGUGUUUAUUUAGCAAACAAUGAAGAGAUCGGUAGCUUGACGUCGACUGGUGCGUAUGGCGGGUUUUUAACUGACAAUUUGAAAUCAAUCGUAUGUGACAACACAAGCAAGCUUCAAACUGAAGAGUCAAUACAAAGGCUUCUCAAAAGCACAGUUUUCCUAUCAAGUGACGUGACGCAUGCAUUGAAUCCAAACUUCAAAGACAUAUACUUGAAGAAUAAUUACCCUUUACCCAAUGUGGGACCCUCAGUAAAGUUUGAUUCAAACGCCCAUGUGUUGAGUGAUUCCUUGGGCAAAGAAUUUUUAGAUAGAGUGAUCAAGAACAUUCAAGGGGUCAAGCUUCAGGAGUUUCAUAUUAGAAACGACUCAAGGUCUGGAGGAACCAUAGGUCCCAUCAUGUCAAACUCGACGCGAGGAUUAAACGGUGCAAAACUCAUAGUUGACGUUGGCAUGCCGAUAUUGAGUAUGCAUUCAAUAAGGAGUGUGAUGGGGUACAAAGAUGUGGGUAUUGGUAUUAGAUUCUUCAAAGAGGUGUUUAUCAAGUGGAAAGACAUUAUAGAAGAGAUGAAUAUUUAG